GCGAAACCAGCCGCUACUACGGGAGCUUCGGCACAUGACAACCUGCGAGCGAAGCCAAAACAAGUGCGUUUUCCUGUUGUUUUAGUGGCAGUGAAACCACGUCAGAGAUUAAACUGCCGUGUAUCCUGAUUUAUAGCGCUGGAGCGAUUCGUGCCGGAACAGAUUCGUGUUGUUUUUAUUCGGUGUUAAAAUGUACUCACUUUGAGAGCGAUGGGGCUCUUCUCUGUUGUAAAGUCAUGAGACGGCGCGUUUCUGGUGCAUGUCGGCUCGCAGCGGAGGAGGCCUUCGUCAUGCCACGGACUUGCGUGAAUCCCUGAGUCGAACGAGCUCCGCCCAGGACGGCUGGUCUGCAGCGGAACCGCGGUGAGACAGAGAGCCCAGUGAGUCUUCAUAGCAUUGUCUGUGUUCUCCCUGCGGGGAGAGACAGACAUGCUCCCGCCGUCAAGAAGGGAUUUUGUAUCUCUGACUGUAUCUGAAAGUGGAGGCUACACGAACGGCAAGCAGCGCAGACAGUCUUGCUGGCGGAAAUGGAAGCAGUUAUCCCGCCUGCAGCGCAGCCUUAUCCUGUUCGUCUUGGUUCUGCUGCUGAUUGGUGGAAUUGCCACGUACCCCAGUCUCUCAGCCCAGUGGGGAGCUCUUUCAGACACAGCAGUAGAGGAGAACAGUGUUGAAGGGAAGCAGCCAUUUGUUGUUGAGCUGAAGAAUCAGGGCAGGCCUCUUCUUCCUGAGCCACCUUCUGAGCAGAGAAGAAACUCUCAUAAGCGCGGACCACCUGUCCUGCAGAGCCGUUUGCAGAAUAAAGGGAACAGCUCCGAGCUCCGUGGAGCAGAGGUGAAGAAUGUGGAGGAAGGUGAUGGGAGUAAGCCACUCAUCAGUUGGCGUGGGGCUGUCAUUGAAGCAGAGCAGGGCACGGACCCUAACGCAAAGGAGAAAGAGAAGGCAGUGGAGCCUGAGGACCCUUCAGCGGCGCAGCUAGUGGAGAGCAGACUGGAGGCAGUGAGGGAAGCUUUCAGACAUGCCUGGAAGGGCUACAAGGACUUCGCCUGGGGUCAUGAUGAGCUCAAACCUGUUUCCAAAUCAUAUUCAGAAUGGUUUGGGCUGGGUUUGACUCUCAUUGAUGCACUGGAUACUAUGUGGAUCUUGGAUCUGAAGAAAGAGUUUGAAGAAGCCAAGCAGUGGGUGGCCACAGAACUCUCCUUUAACAAGAAUGUGGAUGUGAAUCUGUUCGAGAGCACUAUUCGCAUCCUGGGUGGUCUGCUCAGCACUUACCAUCUGACCGGUGACGCACUGUUCUUGGAGAAAGCUAAAGACAUUGGCUCCAGGCUGAUGCCCGCUUUCAGCACUCCCUCUAAAAUCCCAUACUCGGAUGUAAACAUCGGCAAAGGCACUGCUCACCCCCCGCGCUGGACCUCUGACAGCACUGUGGCCGAAGUGACCAGCAUCCAACUGGAGUUCCGUGAACUCGGCCGCCUCACUGGAGACCCUAAAUACCAGGCUGCAGUGAUGGAGGUAAUGCAGCAGGUGCACAAACUGGAGGGCAAGCACGAUGGUCUGGUGCCCAUGUUCAUCAACACCAACAACGGGCAGUUCACCCACCUGGGCAUCUACACUCUGGGCGCCAGGGCUGACAGUUACUAUGAGUACCUGCUCAAGCAAUGGAUCCAGGGUGGCAAGAAGGAGACUGAGUUAUUGGAGGACUAUCUGCAGGCUGUAGAGGGGAUUAAAAAGAACCUGCUGAAGAAAUCUUCUCCUCUUGGCCUUACAUUUGUGGGAGAACUGUCUCACGGUCAUUUCACUCCCAAAAUGGACCACUUGGUGUGUUUUCUGCCUGGUACGCUGGCCCUGGGGGCACAUCAUGGCCUCGCCACUGAGCACAUGGAGCUGGCGCAGCAGCUGAUGGAGACCUGCUACCAGAUGUACACCCAGAUGGAGACAGGCUUGGCUCCGGAGAUCGCACACUUCAGCAUGCAGACGGGCAGCAUACAGGAUGUAGAUGUUAAACUUGCAGACAGACACAACCUCUUACGACCAGAGACUGUGGAAAGCCUCUUCUACCUGUACCGCUUCACCAAGGACAAGAAGUACCAGAACUGGGGUUGGGAGAUCCUUCAAAGCUUCAAUACGUACACAAGGGUCGAGACGGGUGGUUAUACCUCCAUCAAUAAUGUGCGGGACCCGAAAUAUCCGAGUCCCCGAGACAAGAUGGAGAGUUUCUUCCUCGGAGAGACGCUUAAAUACUUCUACCUGCUGUUUUCAGACGAUCCUAACCUUAUCAGCUUGGACAAGUAUGUCUUCAAUACAGAGGCCCAUCCUUUGCCCAUAUGGCCACAGGCAGAGUAAUGGGCACAGACAUGGACGGACACCCACACACACACACACACACACUUCUCUCAGGGCCUUACACAAGGAUUUCUCAAUCCCUUUGAUAUCUAAACUGCCAUGCUUCUUUUUCAACUCUGGGAACAAGACUAUUUUCAUGAUUGGAGUUCAUUUGAUUAAAUGAGAUGAUUGUAGUAGCCUUUACAAAAACAGUGAGUACAUGUAGAGCAUAAGUGUCAGUGAACAGGGAGUGAAGUGGUUCGCUUCUUUUAUUGUCUUUUUAUUUUCAUGUUUGGUGUGGAAAUCACACUCAACAUCACAAGUCUUCAACUCUGGAUUUCAAAUCCAGUUUCUGGGCCUGGAUUUUGUCAUCAUUAUUAACUGAACGGUUGGUGUAACUGAUUGGCUACUUAGUGUCGUGCACUAUAUAACAGAACGUUUGUAGACACCUGUUCAUGUCACAUUACUUAAGUCUCGUGGGGCAAGAUGUGGUCUCGAAUGAGAAUACGCAUUCAGGUUCAAAUUGUUAAAGUUAUGUUGCUGAAUUGCAAUGACAUGCACAGCUAACAAGUGUAUACCACCUCAAAAUCCAGAGAUAGAUUAAGGGGAUCCUGGCUAGUUCCUAUUUCUCCAGUUAUAUCAAGUCAUCAAUAAAUGGGGUGAACGGAGAAAAAGGACUAAAAACGGAAAAUUAAUCUUGUUUCUAACCUUUUGUGCUGGACCUUCUAUUAAUUUUGGAAAGUAGUAGAAUGAAUUUCAUUAAGGAAUCAAAAAAUACAGAACUGUAUUUUUUUUUAUUUAUUUAAUUUUUUUUUGUGAUUUUCUACAGCAAACAGGUUUUGGGCAGUAGGAUGCUAGCAUUACUACUACCGUGUGCUGAGUGGUUGUUUUGCUGAUCAGCUCUUUGGCUGAGUGAAGUGUUUCACACUUAUUGACUUUAUGAAUGUACAUGAAGCACAGUUAUAAAGUCCUAUGACUGAAGUUCAAGUUCACUCAAAAAAUAACAGUGGUGUAUAAAUGUUCUGUUCUAUUUUUUGGAUUGGUUUUAAAAAUUCACCAUCAGUUGCUACAAUCCCCCAAACAGCACCGGCUGCAGCCGUAGCUCACUGUCCUUUUCAGCCAAUCUACAGAUGUAUUAUUACUUUUUAUGAGCCAAUCAUAACUAAGACAAUAUUAGUGAAACGUGAACUGUGUACUGAAACUACAUGUUUAUUUCUGUGAACUGCUCUGAAGGCUUACCGACCAUCAUUGCAAGUGGCGAUCAUAGGAGUCCAAGCACAACAUGCCUUGUGGAGCAAGUAGAACGCAUAAUGAGUACAUUUUUGAAUAGUCACAAUUUAUAACACUGUGGGAUCUCAUAGGAAGAUAUAAAAUUUAGCCUUUGUGUGAAAAGUAACACAUUCUUAACAAAAGUCAUAAUGCCUAAAACAAAAAAAAGAAACAUUAAAAUAUUUGGAGAUGACUUGUUUUUCCAUAGUCAUUGAACUCUAUUCACUAAAUAUAGCAACAGCAAAUACCCCUGUUAUUUAGUGCUAGAGUUCACCAGAAUGGACCAGGGGAUUGUUUUUUGAACUUGCCACCUUUUUUACCACUCAAGUUUUCAUGUCUGUUUUCUAUGGAGAUUACACAAGCUACUAAUGCAUAAUUGAAUGCUUGUGUCAGCAAUGCACCUCAAAGUAGCUUAAGUAGCUUAAUUGAUACUUUGGGACAUUAACUUGACAAACUUCUUCACAAAAUUCAGGACCCAGAUUCAGGGUCUGGAGAUGAAUACCUCUGUUCUCCCCAGUUUCACUUAUGCUGGAACUUCCUCUCAAUAAGAACACAAUCCAGUACUCUCUGUGCUCUGAGCUUUAUCAGGAUUAUUCCUAACCAUAUCCAAUAUGACUGUGCUUUACUCCUCAUCCUCCAUCAUCGGAGAGGGAUCGGCAGUCGGUAUGGGUAUGUGAGUCAGCUGUGACGUGAUGUGAUUAUAGCCUAAGCUACAGAACUGUAGAGAGAGAGGCAGUGGGCGACAGGCGGGAAUUAUACUGCCGUUCACCCACCCUCUAAAAUUAGCUGUUUGUUUUAUGCUGUUUUGCUCAGCCCAAGGAGGAGUGUAAUUUGCUUUCAAACUGUGAAGCUUUUUGUAUAAGCACUUUGUGUUGUUUUUCUCCCGAGUGUAUAUUUUGAGGGAGAAAUGUGCUCGUGCACUACUGCAUUUUUAGUUUGUUUUGUUUUUCUCCUCCAUGUUUUGAUGUUUUAUGUCCUUGUGCUUGCCAUCAGAUUUUGCUGUUGUUUUUAACAAUGUAUGUCAUUUUUUUGUAGAUAUUGUCUUGUAAAAUGAAGCUUAUACUUCAUUUUUCUUUUAAUGUUGAUUUUUGACCUUACCCCAUAUUGCCUAAAGAGGUUACUGCCAUUUAUGUAUAUAGGCUUUUUGUCGUUUAUAGGCUUAGAUUAAAUUUUUUUUUUGUUUUCCUCUACAGACAUACACUAUUUAUGGCCUGUGAGUUCUGCAGUUGAUAGAUUUUUUUUUUAAAUGAAACGUCUCUUUAAAGAGGGAUUAGUAAGCACAAUAUCACAUUUGAAGAACAGAAGUUUUAAAUAUUUACUCCAUCUAUGUGACUGAUGUUGCCAUGUUGCUUAUCAGGGGACCUAAAUAAGAAAUGGAUGUUUUUAUUUUUUACAUAACAGCACAUGUGAUUUGCCUUCUCAUACGCUUGAGCUGUAGUAUAUCAGACCAUGUAAAUGUAUAAAUAGUUAAAUUAAGUAGCUGUAUUUCUUAAACGGACUGAUCAGUUACUUGUUGGUUAGUUUCACAUGUUGCAUUUUGUCUUGGCUGACAGAAACUGGGCUCAAGUGUGAACAUGAGCCAACAGUUAUAACCAACGAGGGCUGAAAAGACUGAAUAGAUUCGUCAUCACAUCCCUUAUGUUUUGUCAUACCUGUGCCUUUGACUCCUUACUGAGCAAUGAUAAUGAAAUGUUCUAUUUUGAGUCCUGAGAAUCAUGUUUGUAUGGAAAUGUCACUAUUUUAACCAUCCCAUCAGUGUGGCUGUGUUUACAGAUUUCUUGUAGAUACUGAGAAACACUUUUAUGCGUAUUUAUAAUAGAAUUUAUGAAGUGUAAAUAACCGAACAUGCCAUAUCCAUUUGAUGAUCAAUCAAACCAACUUAUGUGCAUUGUGUUGUAAUGUGUCAAUGCAGAAUAAGUUCUUACAAUUUUACAUACACAAUUAAGGGCUUUCCCAGUGACGUGUGUAAAUGUUUUAAAUUACUGUAAUUGAUGUGGUACUUAAUCAUUCAUUGACCAAAGACAAUGUGUUUUAAGUGGGAUUCUUUAAAAAAAAAAAAAAAAAAAAAAACCAACAACACAUUCAAGAGGUCCUUACAGCAGCUAAUCGGUGAAGCUUGUUGCUAAUGCUGAUGCUAAUAACAGUUAAGUGCCCGAGCUGUCAGCUGAUUUUGGAAUCUGUCAAGGGUAAUUAGGCUUUGUUUGUGCUAUAAAUUUGAGGGUUGUAAUAUUGGGAAGUGUGUGUGUGUGUGUGUGUGUGUGUGUGUGUGUGUGUGUGUGUGUGUAAAAUUGGUAAGCUUGUACAAAGAAACCUUUUGUCAAUAAAUACCUAUUUCUGAAA